GACACUAAGAAGCGUUAGCCCACGACAACUCGAUAAUUCGCCUAAUGGGUAACAUCCUGCUCGGCCCAGCACACCACAGUCGCGCAGUCGGUUUCUUUCGCAUUGCUUCUCAAUAUUGCUGCCUGGUUUAGACCUUAGACAGACAGUAAAUCCAAACUGUAGCUGUAUCAUCAUUCAUCAGAUAUUGUGUAAGUGCUAACACGGAAUUUGCAAUUUUAAAAUUGGAAUAGCGUGGGAUUCACGUCCUGUUCCUGCAUCAGUUAACCGAACGACCUCCGUGGAAUAUGAUGUUUUGUGAACGAAAACGAUAGUGUUACUUUUUUUGGGAUGCAGUGAUAGUGCAAGGAAUUGUAGUGACAACGGAUAUGCCUGUGUAUCGUCUGGCCCCCAGUGUCAAGAAAAAGUUGAUACCGGUCUUGAGCUCUCGCACUUUCACGCGAUAACAUUUUAGAUGCAUCUAAGCUCGCUGCAAGUGUGCGUGGCGGUGCUGUCGCUGGCGGCGGCGGCGUGCUCCCCGCCCCCCUCGCGCCCCGCCCACCACAUCACGCGUCGCUCGUUCUUCAACCUCCAGUGUAAAGGAGUGUUUGACGCGGCGAUCUUCGCGCGCCUCGACCGAGUCUGCGACGACUGCUACAACCUGUUCCGGGAGCCGGAGCUGUAUACUCUGUGCAGGGACGGCUGCUUUACCACCGAAUACUUCAAAGGCUGCGUGGAAGUACUACAAGAACAGGAAAACCUUGACCAAUUCAAGAAAUAUAUUAAUAUAAUACAUGGGGCGGAUCCAAAGAUUUAGGUCGAAAUGUUUCACCUCGCCCUACUUCAAGGGUUGCAUGGAGUCCUUGUACCUCUACGACGAGGAGGAACAGCUGGAUCAAAUGAUCGACUUCAUCGGGAAACGCUAACCAGCCGCCAUCUUAGGACCGCCGCCAUCUUGGACCGCACAAAAUGGCCCCCAUCGCUUCGCCGAUUAGACAGCGAGAUCGCUAUCGCCUCAACGUAUUCUAGUCUACAGCGACAUAAAAAUUAUGUUCGCUACUAAUUGUAAUGUUAUAGUAAAUAUGUAAGGACAUAUGUGUAAGUGUGAGGUUUACUUCCGAGACUUCUGAAUCUGAUGCUGGUCAUCGACUUCUCCGUCUCAUGUCUGACGCGGACAUUCCAUACAGUAUUUUGCUAAGCUUUUAUAUGAAAUUCUUCCGAUGGUAUAAGUAGUCUGUAGUAGUUACUUCACUUUGUGGCUUACCUUGUACAUACUCUCCUUUUGGAUGCCUAUUUAUUAAGUACCUUAGGGCUCUCGAGCGACAAACGGACACAUCGAAUAUGUGAUAAUUAAUAUUAAAAUCUGCUUUGUGAUUUAUAUUAGGGUCGGUGCAACGGGACGCGAUGAGAUGCGGCAUUGAGACAAAAUGGAACUUUAUUUGCUACCCAAGACGAACGUUUCUUUUGCAGCUCGAAAUUGAAACUGCAAUGGAAAGUGUAUCUUCUUUAUUAGUUGAUAAAGGUCAAUUUUGAACCUAUAAUGCUACGCCGCGUCGCCUCUCGAUGCUACUGACUGUACCGAUUUGAUGGAACUUUUUGGCCUAUACAACUUUUUAUAAGAUGUAAACUAUUAAUCCUGUACAAAAUUGACCAAUCGCAGCGAAACCACCGGCAGGGUUUAGAUAUAAGUAUUUAAUGUAUUUUUACUUCCGAACUAUUUAUUUGUUACUUUUACUUAUUUAUUAAACGGCUAAGGCAAUAGAGAAUACCAGUGUUGAGGGGUCACCGGGAAAAUAACGUCACGCGAAUUUCGAAACUGUUGAACCGCCCCGUAUUUUUUUCUUUACUGUUUUUUUAAAAUAGAACCAGUUAAAAAAUUAAAAUUGUAACAAAUAACUUUUAACACCAAAAAACAACUUGGAAUUUAAAAUUCUAAAUUCAAAUUUCAUAACCACUGAUAUAACUCAAAAUUUUCUAAAAUAGUAUCAUUUUUGGUGCCAUUAGACCUUUAGUUAGUCCCAUAAGUCGUGUGACGUAACGUCUGAAAGGCCCCAAAUCUUUCUAUUUAUCUGUAAGUCGCGGUUAAUACUUAUUGUGCCACUGAAUUCUCUUCUGUGUUCGAAUCUCAACUGUUUAGUCUCUUUUAGCGUUUCUUACACCCCCGCGAGUUUGGGAACCAAGCGAGGCCCCCUCUAAACUCGCGGGGACUACACGAAAACGACAAUGACUUAUAUUUAGAAAAAAUGGUGCCAAUUAUUGUCCCAAGAUAUAUAGAUGUAACGAAUUUAGUAUAAUGAAUGUGGGAUGUGAGACGAUUUAUAUUAUGAAAUUAUUGUAUAAAAAAAAUUAGUGAAAAAUAUUUAUCUAUUUGUAUAAAUUUUAUAUACAACCGCUAAGAAACGCUACGGGUUCAUAAAAUAUAUAACAAUUUGAAACUGA